GUAGAGCGUAUCUGGACCGGUGAACUGACUGAAGCUAGUAAUGUCCCCGGUUGUAAACAAAGUGUGAGCCCAGUCUGAACAGUGUAGCGCCGUUGUGCUUGUCGUUUCACUGCACAGGUGGUAAACAGGUGGUGAGCUGCUUUAAAGAUGGUGCAGCUGCAUGUGAAGCGUGGAGAUGAGAGCCAGUUUCUUUUCAGCACCACUGUGGACGCGCCUCUGGAAACGGUGAUCCAGCAAAUUACAGCCAUUUACAACGGGAGACUGAAGGUGGACAGAAUAUGUUCAGAGAUCCCAGAGCUUGCAGACCAUGGCGUCACACUGCCACCCAACAUGCAGGGGCUGACAGAGGACCAGAUUGUGGAGCUGAAGCUGAGAGAUGAAUGGGAAGACAAGUGUGUGCCCAGUGGAGGGCCAGUAUUUAAGAUAGAUGAGAUUGGGAGGAGGAAUGGACAUGCUCCCAAUGAUAAAAUGAAAGAGGUGUUGAUGAGAACAAUGGAGGAGGCAAAGGCACUGAUCUCCAAAAAACAAGUUCAAGCUAAUGUUUGUGUCACCAUGGACAUGGUAAAAGAAGCUUUGGAUCAGCUAAGGGGGGCUGUCAUGAUUGUGUACCCCAUGGGGCUGCCUCCUCAUGACCCUAUCAGGAUGGAGUUUGAGGAUCGGGAAGAUCUUUCAGGAACACAGGCAUCUCUGCAGGUGAUCACAGAGGACGAGUGCCAGCUAUGGUGGGCUGCCAAAGAGAUGCAGAGAGGGAAAAAACUGCAGGAAUACAUUGGCAAAAAUGAAAAGACAAAGCUUGUGGUAAAAAUCCAAAAGAAAGGGCAGGGGGCACCAGCGAGAGAGCCUAUGGUCAACGAGGAGCAGCAGAAACAGAUGAUGAUGCAUUACUACAGGAGGCAGGAGGAGCUCAAGAAACUGGAGGAGGCAGAUGAUGAUAGCCACCUGGACUCGGAGUGGUCAGACAGACAGGCCCUCAAAAAACAGUUUCAAGGCCUCACCAACAUCAAAUGGGGACCGAGAUGAAGACCAGUACCACUCCGAUACCUCUGACCUGGUCCUUAACAGCUUUAUAUGCAACUGACUAAGGUGCCUUAACACAAUCCUGUCAUCUGUUUACCUUUGGUGUUAUUUGAGGUCUUCCAGAGGACUUAAUAUACAGCAGAUGAUGUAGUUUCAGACUUAGUUUCUGGAUGAACACCUAAUGUUUAUUUUUAACCAAAUUGAAAUGUGAAGAAGACACCUGGACACACAAUAUGACACAUAAUGAUGUCACAUGGAGGCUGAUAUCAUUAUAAACCUGGUUUAUUUUAACUUUAGUCUUCUCCCUGUGUUCCAUCUGAUUGUUAUUACCCUGUUGUAAAGUUACAUUUUCACUGAAGCUGUACAAACACGAUUAAAUUUAAGUUUAAUCAAUA